CUCUUAAGUGCUGAUUUUCUUCCAGGUUCCUGUCCUGGUUCAGGCAAGAUGGGCAAGUAUGUGAUCCGCGUCGCCACAGGGGACUCGCUCUUGGCGGGCUCCACCAACCUGGUGCAGCUGUGGCUAGUUGGCGAGCACGGGGAGGCGGACCUGGGGAAGCUGUUACUGCCAUUGCGGGAAAAGAAAACGGAGGUGGAGAUCGAUGUCCCCUUUUACCUGGGGUGCCUCCUGCUGGUGAAGCUGCACAAGCACAAAAGUCGGUUGAAUUUUGACUGGUUCUGCAAGUGGAUCACGGUGCAGGGCCCGGGGAACCAAGGAGAGGUCCUUUUCCCUUGCUACAGCUGGAUCCAGGACGACAGGAUUCUCUGUCUACCCGAAGGCACGGCCCGGUCCGUGAGUGAUGACCCCCAGAACCUGUUAAAGAAAUAUAGGGAACAGGAGCUGGAGGACAGAAGGAAGGCUUAUCGGUGGGGCUCCUGGAAGGAUGGGUUAAUCCUGCCUGUAGCAGGGAAGACGCAGAGGGACCUUCCCAGAAAUGAACGAUUUCUAUAGGAUAAGGAUUUGGAUUUCACCCUCUCUCUAACAAAAGAGUUGAAGAACUUGGCCAUUAAGGGGAUAUUGGAUCUUGCAAAUUGCGUACAUAGACUGGAAGAUUACAAAAAAAUAUUCCCACGUGGAAAGAUUGCCCUGGCGGUGCGGGUCUAUGAUUCCUGGAAGGAUGAUGACCUCUUUGGAUACCAGUUCCUCAAUGGUGCAAACCCCAUGCUCCUGAGGCGUUCUACGAGUCUCCCAGCCAGGCUGGUGCUGCCUCCAGGAAUGGAAGAGUUCCGAACUCAACUGAACAAAGAGCUCCAGGCUAGAUCUCUGUUUGAAGCUGAUUAUACCCUGCUAGAUGGGGUCAAGCCUAACAUCAUCAUUUUUAAGCAACAAUAUGUGGCAGUCCCUUUGGUUAUGCUGAAACUACAACCUGAUGGAAGACUCUUACCCAUGGUUAUCCAGCUCCAGCCACCUCGACAUGGAUGCCCCCCACCUCUGCUCUUCCUGCCUUCGGAUCCUCCCAUGGCCUGGCUCCUAGCCAAGACAUGGGUCCGUAGCUCUGAUUUCCAGCUGCACCAGUUACAGUCACAUCUGUUAAGGGGACAUCUGAUGGCUGAGGUUAUUUCUGUGGCCACAAUGAGGAGCCUGCCCAGUCUGCAUCCUAUCUACAAGCUCCUGAUCCCCCACUUUCGCUAUACCAUGGAGAUCAACAUCCUGGCCCUGAACAAUCUUGUCUCUGAAUAUGGAAUUUUUGAUCUGGUGGUGAGUACAGGUAGUGGAGGCCAUGUGGACAUUCUCCAGAGAGCCACAGCUUGUUUGACUUAUCGUUCCUUCUGCCCUCCUGAUGACCUGGCUGACCAUGGGCUCCUGGAUGUGAAAUCUUCUCUCUAUGGCCAAGAUGCCCUCAGGCUGUGGGAAAUCAUCAGUAGGUAUGUGCAUGAGAUGGUGGGACUCUUCUAUAAGAGUGAUAAAGCCGUGAAGCAAGAUUCAGAGCUGCAGGCCUGGUGCAGGGAGAUCACUGAAACUGGACUGCAGGGUGCCCAGGACCGGGGGUUCCCCCUCUCCUUGGAGUCCCUGGAUCAACUCUGCCACAUUGUUACUAUGUGUAUCUUCACAUGCACUGGUCAGCAUGCUUCGGCCCACCUGGGACAGCUAGACUGGUACUCCUGGAUCCCUAAUGGCCCAUGCACCAUGAGGAAGCCUCCACCCAUCUCCAAGGCUGUGACAGAGAAGGAUAUAGUAGACUCACUGCCUGAUCUCCACCAGGCCCGUAUGCAGAAGACGUUCAUCAAGUUCCUUGGCAGACGUCAGCCAGUCAUGGUGGCCCUGGGGCAGCAUAAGGAGAAAUAUUUCUCAGGCCCUGGGCCCCAGGCUGUGCUGCAGCAAUUCCAGGAGGAGCUAGCUGUCAUGGACAGGGAGAUUAAGGUCCGGAAUGCAGGCUUGGACCUUCCCUAUGAAUACCUUCAACCUAGCAUGGUGGAAAACAGUGUGACCAUCUGAGAGGUCUUGCCCACCUCAGUCCCAAAGCUCACUGUCCCCACACACCCUUGUACUCCUCUUCUCCAUGCCCAUGUUCUCUGCUAAACAGCUGCCCCCAAAAGCUGUGUCAUCAAGGUGCCUGAAGCUGCCCAUCACACAAUUUGGGGAAUAAACAAUGUUGUUCCCAUUGCACAUUGAAACCUGGGACCUUCUGUAC